GUUUGACAGUACUGGUUGUUGAUUCAAAUUUGUAACCGUUUUGCUUGUGGAUAGUGGUCGUGGUCGUACAGGUACAAAAUUUUCCGUUUUAUUUUCGAUUCCGCGUCAUAUUUACUUCUUCUAGCUGUGUAAAAUUAGGUUGAAAGUGAUAGGUGAUAAGUGAAGUUGUUAAAUCGAAGUGCUUGCACGAUGUCCAACGACAGUCAAUCGUCCGAGGAGGAAUGCCCUAUUUACUUCGGGACGCCCACAAUCGGGGAAGUGAAGGAAUAUCUUCGGCGGCUUCAGAGGAUGCCCAUGGAGCAACAAGCGAAUAUCACAUCGGAAACGUCGGAUGACUCGUUUGACAUCGAUGACAGCUUUCAGGCGAUGAUCGAGCGGAAACGCCAACAGAUGAUGGAUUCGAAACAGCUCGAGGACGUCACUUCCUCGGAAGAACCUACCGCGGCCUCGGUGCGCCUGUCGGAAGUUGGAGGCGGCGGAGAUGCCAGCAGUAAGUUCCGUGGCAAUGAUUCCACCUUCAUCGAGGAGAACGAUUCCAUGCGGAAAACCACGGACGAGAGCUUCGAGGAGAUGGAACGGCUCUGUUCGAUGAAUUUAAGCAAGUUGGGAGUGCAACAGCAGCACGAUGAGGAAGAGGAGGCUAUUCGCAGGAUUUUGGAGAGUUCGAAGGGCAGCAAAUCGAGUUCGGGUGGUGAAGGCACGGAACAAAAGAAUGGUUCCGGCGAUAAUACGACGGCAUUGGCCGAUGAAACACAGCUGGAAGAUGUGGAGGAACCUUCUUGCAUGUGGGAAAAUACAAUGCACCAGGCUGGUCCUUUUGCCAAGGCUAUUUCCCCCGUUAAACGAAUGCACAUGCUUCGCCCCUCGACGAUUAUUGAGGAGGCCACCAUCAACGAGACGACCACCAGCGUCUCGAAGAACACUUCCCUGGAAAGCUACAUCACGGCAAAGCAAAAUUUGAACGGCAGCGAUGACUGUUCCAUCAUCACCGAAAGCGAAGUUUAUCGUACCGCAGAGGAAAGCAGGGAGGAUCUGAGUAAGGUUUCGACCGUUGAUAGCACCGCGGAUUCCGCGGUAGGUUUCGAUGCCACGGCCGGUGAACAAACAAGACUGGAGGCAAAGUACGUACCUGGUCAGUUGGACGGACAGGAUGAUGGCGAAGAUGAUGAUGAUGUGAUUAUUCUAAGCUCUAGCGACAGUGAAGCAGAAGAUGCGCAAAAUUCCGUUGACAGUGGAAAUCCUGACGGAGGGAAAAUGGAUACCGGCAGUUUGUUCAACAACAGCGACAGUUUACAGGAAGAUUCUCUUUGCCAGGAAGACGAUAGCAUUGGGGAAGAAUUGCCAGGAUCUCCCAUUUUGGAUGCCGUUCCGGAUCAUUUCAACGACACGAUGGAAGAAAUGGAAUUCAUGAUGCGCCAGGGAAUGAAAAUUCUCCAACAGCAAAAAGCACAGCAGCAAUCCAUGUCCGAGAAAUCCAGGCAAACUCCCGCCAAUGUGAAGAAUACGUUGGUCGUAGGUUCACACGCCACUCCGGUAACUCCAAUAAGUCCCAAUCGGUACCUAAAGCCGAAGCAACAAACUUCUUCCAAUGCAAAACAAAAUCUCUUCUCGUACAGCGCAAGCAACAAGCCCAAGUCCGCUCAGAAACCCUUUUCCGCUUUAUCCGCCGGCUCAAACAGUUGUGGAACGUUCAAGAAACCGGUGAGCCGUUUCCCCUUGCCUAAGUCGGCCAAGAAGUUCGACCACGUGGUCUCCCCAAUCGGAGAGUACAUCAAGAAGACCCCGCAAACGAUGCUCCAAGCCAGGAUCUUCUGUCCCAACCGAAAUCUGAUCGAUGUGCUGCACAACAAAAACGACAACCGGGAUAGUGUGAUGAGCUCGAAGGAGAACCUGCUGCACCACCAGGAAGUCGAUCCGGAGGGGUACAGUUCGUCGCUGCCCCGGAAGGGGGUGGUCAGCUCUCGUGGAGCUCACGUGCUGGACGAACGCAAUCCGGUUCGGAUUCCUGGUGGAGAGAAAAUGCACAAACUGCUCAACAAUUCGCCCACGCUGGUUGUCCGGCACGAGGGCAGACUGCGGUACCAACGGGAAACGCAGCUAACGGAGGACAGCGUGGUGGAUGAUAGCAUGGCCGACCUUUCGCUCGCAUCGGGCGACAUUUCGGUGAGGGUUUUGAAGGAUGUUAGGCGGUUCUAGGUUGGUCUUCUCAAAAUGAAUAGGAUAUUAGGUUCGCGUGCUUUUCGACUCAUUUUUUUGUCUUCUGGAUGUCUCGAUUUUAUAAUAUAGAUGCCAAAAAUCUCGUA